AUGCUGUCAUCUUCAUCAAUAGCCACCACCACCGCCGCCGCCGCCGCCACCUGCAACAGGAACAACAACCUCAACCACAAACCCCUCUCUUCCUCACUACCUUCUUCCCAGUUCUCACGCCAAACCCCGACAACCAACAACAACACUGUCAGCAACAAAGCCAUGGAAGAUGUGUGGGACGGCAUCAACCUCACUUCCUUAACCGACCACAACACCAAAGCUGCAAAAUUUCAAGACUUUCUACCUCGACCCUUUAACAGCUUCAUUGUGGACACAUCUCCGGUGACUGCUCUCACCUUAAGCACGCGCUCUGAGUACCCUCCACCGCAAAACCUGCAAUUGGUUCAUACUGCUUCAAAGACCGAACCUUUUGCCCACCCAUUUUCGAAUAAAAGAGCUCCACCACCUUCAAGGGACAUGCGCGACGCACGACUCAUGAAGAAUCGCGAAUCUGCUGCUCGAUCCAGAGCCAGAAAGCAGGAAAAUAUUGCUUCUUCUUCAACUCUCAGUAUAUAG